AUGACUCCUCCGUACACUAAAAGGUUUACUCCUUGGAGUACAGAACUGACACCAGUUUCCCGAUCCUGCAGCCCAAAUACAAUAGCAUCACGAAGUUCGGAGUACAAGCUUUCAAAGACACCGAUAGGAGAAGGUUCAUACUCGGUGGUUUUCGAAUGCAAAAACAAAUGCACAGGUAAGCAUUAUGCUGCCAAAAAAUAUAACAAGACUCUAACGUAUGGUUUGGAGCUGCUACUACAAGGAGAAUUUGAGAUUUUGAGCCGGAUAUCAAUGUCACAUCCACGCAUUCUACUGUUGUUUGAUUAUUUCGAGACAUCCAAUAGCUUUUAUUUUGUGACAGACUUGGCGGAAGGUGGUGACCUAUUCAACAAGAUAGUUUAUGAGUCAUCAAAUGGGAAGAUUGAGCCUGUUAUAGCAAAAGACAUUGUUGCUCAACUAAUAUCUGCCGUUUCGUACCUACAUUCAAAUUCCAUAGUUCAUCGAGAUAUCAAACCGGAAAACGUUUUCUUUUCACUGCUGAACUCCAACGAAGUAUUGCUUGGAGACUUUGGUUUGGCUAGGGUGUUGCAACCGCAGCAAAAAUUACAUGACAUAUCUGGAACAUUGAGUUAUAUGGCUCCUGAAAUGUUCAAUAGGGAGAAAGGAUAUGGCUUUCCCGUUGAUGUUUGGGCAAUAGGAGUAUGUGCUUACUUUAUGUUGUGUGGGUACUUACCAUUUGACUGUGAAUCUGACGACGAGACAAAGGAUGCUAUUAUCAAUAAAAAGUACUUGUUUGAACCUAGUGACUACUGGAAGGAAAUUCCAGAAUCAGCCAAAAAGUUUGUACUAUCCUGCUUUGAAAUUAGCCCCGAGAGAAGACCUACAUCGAGAGAGUUGGACAGUUGUAGAUUCGUUGAUUAUAGCACCGCAGAAACAACAGGUAAGGACAAUGAAGAGGCAGCCAUAUUUGCAACACAAAAGGCUGAAAUACACAAAAUCUUCCAAACCAUGCCACAACAAUCAAAAAGUAGACAAGAAUCGCCCACCAUUAACUCCCCAGCAAGCUAUCAAGAUGUAUGGGAAGAAGACGCUGCUGUUGCCAGAGGUGCUUUUUGUAUGAGCCCAGAUUGUGUUACUCAAUUAAAUACGCCCAUCACGUCCACAUGUCCAUCUCGAGAACAUUCCUGGUUGCAAUUGAAAGAACUGAAGGAAGCUUCUAGAAAAGGAAAUGGAUUACGAGCUGCCGAAGGAAAACAGCGAUCCCCAGCUAAGUUUUCCAUAUAA